AUGGACCGACCAGCAGUCAAGGUCUUCCACUACAAAGACAAGGAGCAGUCCUCCAACUUGCUCCUGCAGCUCAACCGACUGAGGCAGGAGAACGUCCUGACUGAUGUGUCACUGUGUUCUGAUAACAACGAGAUUCCAUGCCAUCGUAAUGUUCUGGUGUCUAGCAGCCCCUACUUCAGGGCCAUGUUCUGCAACAACUUCUUGGAGAAGCAGCAAGCCAAGAUUAACUUAAAGGGCAUCACAUCAGCCAUUUUAAGCAGUAUCAUUGACUAUGUUUACACAGGACUCAUUAGUAUCAGUGUGGAUAUUGUGCUGCCCCUGAUGCAGGCCGCAUCCAUGUUGCAAUAUAGCCACAUUUUCGAGGCCUGCUCAAACUUCCUUCAGGAACAACUGAGCCCUGACAACUGUUUGAGCAUGAUAAGACUCUCUGAAAUCAUGAAUUGUAACAGUUUAAGAGACAAAGCAAAGGAGAUGGCUAUGAAUAGCUUCUCUGAUGUGUCAGCAUCUGAGGAUCUGUGUGAACUCUCUUUACGAGAGCUCAUGGGAUACCUGGAGGAUGAUAGUCUUUGUGCGGAGGAGGAGCAAGUCUUUGAGACACUUGUUGCUUGGAUCCACCAUGAUCCUUUAUCCAGACGUGGUGCCAUUAGUGACCUCUUCAAGAAAGUUCGCCUUCGCCACAUCCAUCCUACCUACCUCUUCCAAUUCAUAGCCAAUGACCCUCUGAUCCAGUCCUCCACCCUCUGCACUGAGCUCAUAGAAUCUGUGAGACGCCUGAUGUUUUCUGUCAACACGAAAUGCAUUGACACAGCAGUUGACUUCAAACCUCUCUGGGUGGCACCAAGGCGCUACUCCUACCAUGACAUGUUGGUGGUGGUAGGAGGGAGGAAGAACAACGAGCAGACCUCGAGGGAGGCUCUCGUCUUUGAUGAGAAGAGUGAGAAGUGGCAGUUGCUCGCCAAGCUGCCCAUUCGUCUGUAUAAAGCCUCCUAUGUCGCCCUUCACAGUGUCUUGUAUGUUAUCGGAGGCCUAACCACAAACACAAAGUACAGCAGCCAGGUCAGUACGACCGUCUACACCCUCUCCCUAAAGACCAACCAGUGGCGGACAGCAGAGCCAAUGCUGGAGCCACGCUUUGCCCACCAGAGUGUUUCCUACCUCCACUUCAUCUUUGUCCUUGGUGGCCUUGGGCCCAACAAACGACUGACAGACAGUGUGGAGAGGUACAACAGUAUGUUCAAUCAAUGGGAGUCUAUGGCCCCCAUGCCUGUAGCUGUGUUGUACCCUGCAGUGGCUGCUACUAACCAGAGGAUCUAUGUGUUUGGAGGAGAGGAUGCCAUGCAGAACCCAGUCAGAAUAAUACAGGUGUAUCACAUUGCCAGGAACAUGUGGUCCAAGAUGGAGAACAGAACAGUGAAGAAUGUGUCUGCUCCUGCUGCUAUUAUGGAUGACAAAAUCUACAUAAUUGGAGGAUACACCAGGAGAGUGAUCGCAUACGACACCAAGGCCAACCGGUUCAUCAAGUGUGCCAACCUGAAGGAGAGGAGGAUGCACCACUCCGCCACUGUUCUCAAUAACAAACUCUAUGUGACUGGUGGACGCUACGUCAACGGCCAUGACGUCAUCGAGGACUCGGACAAUUUUGAGUACUACGACCCAAAGACAGACACUUGGACAUCCAAAGGGACUCUGCCGUAUAAACUGUUUGAUCACGGCUCUCUGACUCUGACGCAUGUCUCACAGACAUGGGCAAAAUCCUAGCUGAGGUCUGAUUCUUAUUUGAAUGCUAUUAAUUUGAAACCAGUUUAUUUAAAACUGAAUGACUGUCAAUCAAAAAAUAUUCUUUCAGAGAAAAUGACUAUUUGUUUUAUAUAUCUAUAUCUAUUUUAUAGCAGAUUUCCACUAUUCACGCUUUCAUGAGAUGUAUUUAAAAAUCCCAGAAACACAGAAUCAUGCAUACUUCAAAUUUCCAUGUAUAUAUGACUUUUGAUACCUGAAAAUGAUUGUUUAAAUAAUCUGUGUCUUUUCUAUGUUUUUAUUUAACAACCAAAUCAAUGAAAAGAAACUACCCUGCUGCACAGCCCCUUCUUAACCUGUCUAACUUCACAAAAGGGUGAAAGUGCUAUUUUCGGCUCACUCUAAAUCAUGAGAUUUCACUUGUCAUGUUUAAAUCCUGGGGCUGUGUACUGUUUGGUGCAAGUCAAAGCUAUGCUCAGCUGUUAGGUCUGAACCUGCUGCUGCAUCUGGUGAACCUUUGUAUCACAGUCUGUUGCCUGAAAAUAUAUGAUGAAAUGAUUGUGAUAACAUUGUUAUCAAAUAAAAUCAAAACAAAAGCCCAGGAAUUUGUUAAAAACUUAACUCAAGAUGGUAUUUAAAUAGAACCAUUGGUAAGAUUUCUGUAGCUCUUUCACUUCUUUCUUCCUGAUUAAACUGGUAUGAUAUAAUGCAUAACAUAGUAUCUGUAUCUGUAUGCUGAAUUAAUACCUGACUUUACUAUAUAAGCAUGUGCCUACAAGAAUACCCUCAAAUUCUGUCAAAACUAAGACUCAAUUGUAACUUUUUCAAAUAGUUUUCUAACAUUUUUGUACUGUUUUUCUGGUUUUAACUCUUAAUGUGUUACAAUAAAAAGUCAAUCCAUA